AUGCAUUUCCUGUCAUUACCGCAGCUGGGUCUCGUCAGUACGACGGCAGUAGCGACGAAAUUAAUUAAGGCUGAAAUAGCGCAAUUACGAGAAGAACUAUGCUCGUCGCGCGCGGCGCAGUAUGAGCUCGAACGCGAGUCGCAGCAGCUUAUGCUCCAGGAGCAGGAAAUUCUUGAUUUUCGGACGGAGGUGCGGCCACCGGCGAAAAUACGUGCCGAAUUGGAGAUGCUGAAAAAGGACAAUAAGGAAUAUCGGCAGAUGAUCCUGGCAAUCCAAAAUGAAGUUUACGGUGCUCGUCUUGCUGCCAAAUAUUUGGAUAAGGAACUCGCUGGAAGGAUUCAGCAAAUCCAACUACUUGGCCGAGAUAUGCGAGGCGCCGAGCAUGAUCGGCUGUGGAAUCAGCUGGAAGCCGAGAUUCACCUCCAUCGCCACAAGACUGUCAUUCGCGCCUGUAGAGGGCGAGGUAAUCAGAAGCAUUUACCAUCACCACCACACCACGACUACAGAAGUCUGAGGAAACACAAAGGUGUGGGACAUAUCCGCGCUGUUAAACUCGUCAAGGAAACUCAUGAAGGCCUCGGCAUUUCGAUUACGGGUGGAAAGGAGCACGGUGUGCCGAUUCUGAUUUCCGAGAUCCAUCCCAGCCAGCCAGCCGAACGCUGUGGUCAACUGUACGUCGGUGAUGCCAUCCUCUCCGUUAACGGGAUCGACUUGCGUACCGCAAAGCACAACGAGGCUGUACAGAUACUUUCCGAACAGGAAGGAGAGCUGAACUUGGAAGUGGUGUACGUGGCACCAGACCAGGACAGCGACGAUGAUGGCGAUGUGAUGAUCGAAACGCAGAAUGGCCACGUGUAA